AACUGAAGCGCGUCUGCAGGAUGAAUUGGUCGGUGUCGUCAGUUCCGUAACGCGUUGCUCCUCCUGUCUUCAUUAAGAACAGGAUAGAGGAUUAUUCACGCAGGGACAGACGGGACAGAAGGGACGCGCUGUUAGAACCAGUCUCUACCUGGAUAUGUCAUUCAAACACACGUAGACAGGAGCGCUGCGUGGGUUCCUUCUCCUUCCUUCUCCUCGGACGGACGGACAGACUUCAGUCUCCUCUGCGGUGGGAUCAUUGGGAUGCUCUGCCGCUAGCCUGUUAUUAGCUCAGCUAGCUUCCCAAACACCUCUGUUUAUACGACGGAACCAACACACUGCACGGUGCAUUAUGACAGACAGCAUUAUGAGUAAAGCUGCCACUAUGGAGAUUCCCAUCAACAGUAAUGGUGACACAGGAACACUACCAGAAGACGACAGCCUUGAACAGGCUGCAAAACUGCAGUGGAGCUUAGAUGAGAAGGUAGGGAGCUCCAGAGGCAACAGGGUGAGCAGGCCAUUUGUGGAUUUCUGUGUGUGUGUGGGUUAAUGUUGGUGUGUAGUGCUGCUCAGUGUUUUGACUUUAAAAUGCCUUGUUUCACUUUGUCAUUUGCUACGAUUAGUAGGGAUGUAACGAUACACUCAACCCACGAUACGAUUCACUUACGAUUCUCCAACGAUUUUCAAGAAAACUGGAUUGAACUCAAAAUUUGAUUUACUAUCAUUUUAUUUCAAUUCUGAGAUACAGACAGUUGCAAUAUAUAUUUUUUUCUCUUAUAUUCCUUUGUAAACAAAGUAAUCCUUUGUCAUUUUUAAGGUGUGUUGUAACUCAAAUAAAACCACUGAACACUUUUUUUCAGUACCUUGCAAAAAAUCUAAAAAUGACCGUACAAAAAUACCUUGUUGGAAAAUUUUAGAACAAUUAUAGAGAAAUGGAAAGUGAACGAUUCCCAAAUGAGGGUAUUAAAUAUUAAAACAAAUAAGUUAAAUCUCUUUAAAUUAAGGAUGUAAAUUUCAAGUAUUUUCCGUGAUCGAUUUUUGAAAAUGUUAACGAUCAAUUAUCGAUGCCCAUGUCAAAACAAUGCCAAAUGCAUUUUUUUCCCCUGAAUCAGAUUUUCCUUCUCGACACAAUGUAUAUAACUAAUGGUAUUGAAUAGCUAAAGAUUGUAUUGAGGUGUUCAAAACGUUAAGCACACUGAAUAUCAACAUGUGGAGCAGGCUCAUAAUCUUCGUGGACGUACAGUCAUAAAAGUGAAGGCUCAGACUUCAACAAGGGAACUGAACACAAACAUAUUUCAGACUCUCAGUGUCCAGUUUUCUGUCUGCUCGUUCUUAUUGAGGAAAAAUAUGCAUGUGAACGCGGUCAGGUGUCAGCCGGGAGCGCAACCGGGUCAGAAUCAGUCCGGUAGCGGAGAAAAAAAGCGCUCAUGGAGACCUGUCACUCAGCUGCAGCCCCCAGCUGAGCAUCUCCACUGUGCAAAACACCUUUAGUCAGCUGAUUCACAUCAAAACAUGCUUUAAACUUAAAACACCUCCCUGAUAGCUGAGUGUAAUAUGAGACCACAUGAUGUUUGUUCCACGUGAUAUAAAAGCCAAACAAAAAAAAUGUGUUCGAGUAAGUUCUUAACAAUCAAUUAAUCUAUACUCAAUUCAUUGUUGACAUCCCUACUUGUAUCACUUUGAUAUUUACUCCAUGAAAUGUCAGAUAUUUCUUUUUUUAAUGGCAAACCACUGUGCAGCAUGAGUCGUGCUCUCUGUUAACUCGCCUCCUACUAACUUUCGAUGGAAGGAGUCUUUCAAACCUAAAAUGUUUGGAGGAUUUCCUUCAAAGAGAGUUCCCUUUGAGUCGUUUCAACAAAUUAACAGAUGGCUAACAAUCAGGUCUUAACAUUAGCGUCUGUUUCAACUGUAUUAACAGAUUCAUAGCUUAGAUUCUGUGUGCUCUUCUUAACAUGUGAGUGUUUAAUUGAAAUACCAACACUGUCGUACUAAUUGUCAUCAUCUAAUACAUCCACAGAGUUCUCCUCCUUAAUGCUGUUUUACUCCUAAAUCAUACCAGAUGUAUUUUUACUUCCCUUUCUCUAAGUGUCACACACACUCUCUUUGUAUUUGCUCUCACAAAGGAAACAGCUCCCUCCCUUCCAUAGCUUUGACUUUCCUUAUCACAUCCUUAAAAAGAGUCCAAGCCCAAGCUUCCAGGAAGCUAAAUAUCAUGCUGCUGUUUACAUUUUACAACGGGCGAUACGGAUCUCUGCUCAGAGUUAAGUCACAGUGUGUGUGCAGCGUCUGAAAUAAGAGGCUUUCUCACAGCACAGGCAGGAGUUGAAUUUAAACUUGUUUGUCACGUAACACGUAUUAUUACACAGUAAAAAAAAUAAGAUAUAUAUUCAGGCCAGAGUUUCCUUUUCCAUGAAUCCCUCCUGAAUGUUUCUUUUCCUAACUUGCUGAUACUUGAGAAGGAAAGCAAACAAAAGAAAACGGUGAGCUAAAUUAAGGAAAAACACACAAGAUGGAUCGAGUGUCCCGUAGCACAGUUCCCCUCAUGAUUCAGAGCUCGACUUAAGCUUGUGAUUAUUUUGGCAGGAAAAAAUAGUUUGCUUAAGCAUUUCCUGCUGCAUAGAUCAUUCAAAGUCACUGCUCAAGUUAGACUUCAGGUCGCUCACAGCUGUGCUGCUGCAGUCCUCCUGCCCUCUCCCAGUGGUGGCAUUUAAAGUCAUUAGUUUGGUUGUUGAUUAACUGAGCUCUUAGGUUCUGUGUUUGCUGUAUAGUCUCCCCCCCCUGUUGACUCCCAGAUAAGAAGCUGUAGUUAGAUGCUGCUUGAAGAUUGUGUACACACUAACCUUCCUAACAUAGUGGCGUUUGUCUCCCUCUUGUGCCUACACUUUAACCUACAUUGUUUACAUUGCAACACUCACUUAUCCACACGUCUCCAUCCAAACAUCCUCUAUGCUUUCCUUUGUUUGUUCUGUUUUAUUAUUUCUGCACUUUUAACUUUGCAGGAUUUACAGCAGGUGAUGGUAUCGGGGCCCAAUCUCAACGAGACGAGCAUCGUAUCUGGAGGAUAUGGAGGAACCGCAGAAGGUAUCAUCCCCACCAGCUCGAUUAAAGGUUCCAACAUGCAUCACAGCAGCAGCAGCUCGUCAGGGAUGGCUGAAGAGGCAACCCGUGGUGUGGCCGUGGAGAAAAUUGAAAAUAUGAAGAAGUGGGGUCUGAACACUUAUAAGUGCACAAAACAAAUGAUCUCAGAGCGUUUCGGGCGGGGUUCCCGGACUGUCGACCUGGAACUGGAGGCCCAGAUCGAGGUCCUGAGAGACACUAAGAGGAAAUAUGAGAAUGUGCUGCGAUUGGCCAGAGCGCUGACCAACCACUUCUACAACAUGGUGCAGACGCAGCACGCUCUGGGCGACACCUUCGCUGAUCUCAGCCAGAAAUCUCCAGAGCUAAGGGAUGAGUUUGGCUACAACGCAGAGACUCAGAAGUUGCUGUGCAAGAACGGGGAGACGCUUCUCGGUGCCGUGAACUUCUUCGUGUCGAGCAUUAACACAUUAGUCAACAAGACCAUGGAGGACACCCUGAUGACUAUCAAGAUGUAUGAAAAUGCAAGACUGGAGUUUGAUGCCUACCGGUCAGACCUUGAGGAGUUGAGUUUGGGUCCGAGGGAUGCCGUAGCCAUGGCCCGCAUAGACGCUGCUCAGCAAACAUACCAGGUCCAGAAGGACAAGUAUGAACGCCUCCGCUCAGAUGUCAUCAUUAAACUCAAGUUCUUGGAGGAGAACAAGGUGAAGGUGAUGCACAAGCAGCUCCUCCUCUUCCAUAACGCCAUCUCAGCAUACUUUGCCGGCAACCAGCAGCAGCUGGAGCAGACGCUGAAGCAGUUCAACAUAAAGCUGAGGCCUCCAGGGGCCGACAAGCCAUCCUGGUUAGAGGAGCAGUGAGAGGGUCUGCUGCUGCCUCCUUCUCGACCACCUCCACCUGUUGAAACCCCCUAACUUACAGAGGACCACUACGGAGGGAAACACAUGCAGAUCAAUGGGUGGAUGAAGAUAAAGAUAUAAGACGAACGUGUGGCUGGAUGAAUGGACAGUUGACGGAGGAACUGACUGAUGAAAAGCAGGGUAUUAUUGAUGAAUGGGCGAGAUGCAGCAGGAAACCAAGUGGCCAGUUUCAUGAACAGUCUGGGGGCUUUUAGUGCCUCUCCCCAGCUUCCUUUUUUGUCACUCUAACCUCUUUGUGCUUUGUUCCCAGAGAAACUCUACCUUCCCUCCCCUCUUAUUUGACAUAACCCCCCUCCCUCUAUCUUAACACUAUUAUGCUGUGUGAGCUUGUUUCAGUCAUGUUCACAGCUAUUACUGUACUCCUCAAGUGCUCCAAAACUCCAAAUCUUCUUAUUCCCACAGUUAGUCCAGAAAAAGGAAGAACGACAUGAUUAAAACAUACUCAGAUGUUCCCAAAACACUACAUCAAACCUCUUCCAGACAUUAUCACUCUUUCUCGUGUGCCUCCUCAUGUAUGAGCUAGUCGACUUAAAUUGCAGGAAGGAACGUUUUUUCCAGAAACCACAGAUGAAGGGGAUUUGUACGAUACACUGGAAAGGAAUCUCCAGUCAUUACAAAUCAAUGUACAUUUCAAAUUCAGUACUGUUUCACUUUGAAAUAACUAUUACAUGAUUGUGUUUAAUUACAAAGAACACAAUGUUAUGUUUUAACAUGAGUUCUUUGUAUGUUAGCUUGACUGUCAUCUCUUUAGGUUUGUAUUAUAGCUCUAGUUAGCUGUAUGUCCUCUGUGCUGAAGACUGAAGGACAGUUUACUGUGCCAGUGUUUAACACUACAAGUACUGCAGUGUUUAGUCUGUAACUAUCAGAAAUACAACAGUUACUAAACUGUCACCUGAAAACUCUUCAGCUCUAUAUGCAACGAUCAUAUAGGAACACUGCCACGGCUCCCAAGGGUUACACUGGUUUGGGGUUUGUAGUAGAUUUGUACUUCAUUUACCCAAAGAAUAUCGAAGAAGAUGUUCAAAAGGAAGAUUAGUAGGAGGAUGAGCUUAAUUUCACUGUGGACUGAGACAGUUAAUCUACUUAAGAUGGGUUUUGUCUAUCAGUUAAGAUCCAACAAACUUGAAUCGAUUUCAAACCAAUUCAUUAUAUGAUAUAAUCGCCGAGUGACAAAAUCAACGUGUUGUUUGUCUUUUUAAAGCUAAUAAUGAUAAUCCACUGACAUCCAGGCUCACAUCUUUCAGUCCUCCUUAAAACAAAAUGCUUGUCUAAGAUUAUCUUUCUUCACACUGAAGAUUACCGUUGUUGUCUAAUAUUACUAAUCUCAAUAAUUCAACAUGAAAUCUUGUAAAUGAGUCGUUUGGAAAUGGAGUAACACUACUGAUAUUUGUUUGGUCGUCUGAAAUGUCAUCUUGUUAAAAACUGGAAGUAAACAAUCACUCAUAGCUGACAAUUACCACAAAAUAUCAGCAUGGUACUACAUAUAUAUGUUAAAUUGUAUCAUCACUGUAUUUAUUAUGCUCAUUCUGUGUGUGGAAUCAAUACAUUGUUUACUGAAAAUUCAAGUUUCACAAAUUGCUAAAUUAAGUAUGACAUUCAUGGAGGUGCAGAAGACACUCUCAGGAUGACUGAAUCGGUGAUACAUACUUUACCCCCAAAAAGAUAGAUAAAAAAUUAACUAGUUUUUGGUGCUUCAGUUUUCUAGUGAAGUCAAAUGAAGAUAAGUCAAUGUACUGAGUGUUUGAUUGUGCUGACAUGAACUCACAGGAGCCUCUAGCAUCACAUGGUAGAGCUUUAUCACUCUGUGAGUUAGUCCUCCAGCUUCUUGUCUCCUCUGUAUUUGCAUGGCAGGCAGCAAUCCAAAGUAAUGUGCAGAUAUGUUUGACAGCUGUUCGCCCGGCUCGCACUACAAGCUUAAAGGUUGUUGAUUUAAAUUUUAAGGCUGGCUGAAGCAAAAUCCUUACAUUUACUUUGCCAUUUUGCUGCACUUUGAAAGACAAUGAGGACAGAAAAUAGAUCUCCAAUACUGAGUCUGAUUCGUCUGACUUGUGUUUUCUGAACUCAUGCAUCAGUGUGUCAAAUGGGUGUAGUUUUUUUCUAAAUGGAAAAAGUCACUCAGCAAAACUUUGGGCUUUACAUACAGAAAAACAGCAGUUAUUCGCCAGUUUUUGGUCUGUUUGACUGUCACACAGCAAUAUUAAAAAAACAAAUAUGUGACUCCCCUUUUCCAAAACCUGACCCUCUGAAAAUCCCGACCCAAGCACCAAAUUGAAUGGCAAUAGGAUUUUUUGUUCCAUAGACGUGAACCCUCCAGUAAAUGAAAAACGUGUGGUAUUAAAAGCCACUCCUUCUAGCCUAGUCUUUACAUUGUUGCCUAGAGAGAACUAAGAUUUAUAAAAUGAGAUAUUUUAUUUGUGUACAAUCAAUGUUUUCUAGGCUGAGCUGGUGUAUUGUAUCGUAUGAAUGAUUGCACAUAAUGAUAUUUGAGAUGAUAAAUGAAGUUGUGUCAAGGGUUGGUAUGAUUCUCUGCCUUCAUUCCUCACUCAGACCUGAAAGUCCCACCCCGACCCCCAAGGGAACAAGAUUAAAAGUACACAUUUUCAAAUGC